AUGACGCGCAUCCGGGCCAGUGCCCGUGGAAAAACAGACGUGGUAGGCGCAGUGGCUCGAGACAUUGACUUCCGCCAUUUGUGGCGUCAGCUUCGCGGGGCCGGAUGGACGUCCAAGCGACCCCGUGGCAUGCAGACUCAAUGGAGGUGUGUGAGUCCUGGUGGUGUUCAUUCGUUUGUUGGUGAGGACGCCGUUGUCGUCCAUGCUAUUGAAUCUGGACUGCUAUACGUUGACGAUGUUGAGAGCGAGGUUGACGCGGUGGGCGAUGGCGUUGAAGCGGCUGAAGUUGUGGCGAUUGGCAAUGAAGGGAGGGCAGAAGCUGAUGCAGAUGAAGACAUCUGUCCAUCCCAGAUUGACACUAGUGCUCAACUCUCACAGAACACACUAAUUGAACUCUUCGGGUCUGAGAGUGACUCAGAGGUUGAUCUCUCGCAGGCCGCUGUGACCAGAGCCUUUGACAUCUCACCUGGUGACCUUCAUGCAGCAGACUCCCAGCGAGAUUGUGAUGCCAACCUACAACUACUAUCAGAAGUGUCAGGGGCUGAGAGCGACGGUGCCCAAGUAGAUGCUGCUGCUGUUGAAGUACGGUAA